AUGGUUACCAUCACAGGUGUUGAGACGAGGGAUGUGCGGUUUCCCACGUCCCUCGACAAGACGGGAUCGGAUGCUAUGAAUGCGGCGGGUGACUACUCUGCUGCGUAUGCGAUUCUGAAAACGGAUUCGGAGUACCAGGGACAUGGCAUGACCUUCACAAUCGGCCGUGGCAACGAAAUCGUCUGCGCCGCCAUCGAGCACCUCGCCGACCGCAUAAAAGGCCGCACGCUCGACUCCCUCGUCGAGAAUUGGGGGAAGACAUGGCGUCAUCUGGUGAACGACUCCCAACUCCGCUGGAUCGGGCCCGAAAAAGGCGUCAUCCACCUCGCCCUCGGCGCCGUUGUAAACGCCAUCUGGGACCUAUGGGCCAAAACCCUCAACAAGCCCGUCUGGCGCAUCGUCGCCGACAUGACGCCCUCUCAAAUCGUCUCCCUCAUCGACUUCCGCUACAUCACUGACGCUUUGACACCCGAAGAAGCCCUCGAGAUCCUCACCAAAGCCGAAGCCGGUAAGAAGGAACGUCUCCAAGAAGCCCUCGAGUCCAAAGCCGUUCCGGCGUAUACGACUUCCGCGGGCUGGUUGGGCUACGGGCAGGAUAAGAUGAGGGGCCUGCUGAGAGAGACGUUGGAGAAGGGGUAUAGGCACUUUAAGCUCAAGGUUGGAGGGGAUGUUGCAGAGGAUAGGACGAGGUUGGGGAUCGCGAGGGAGAUUAUUGGGUUUGACAAGGGAAAUGUGCUUAUGGUUGACGCGAAUCAGGUGUGGAGUGUGCCCGAGGCGAUCGAGUAUAUGAAGCAGUUGGCUGAGUUCAAGCCGUGGUUCAUUGAGGAGCCGACAAGUCCUGAUGAUGUUCUCGGACACAAGGCUGUCAGGGAAGCCCUGAAGCCAUACGGUAUUGGAGUCGCAACUGGCGAGAUGUGCCAGAACCGUGUUAUGUUUAAGCAAUUCCUCGCCGCGGGUGCCAUCGACGUAUGCCAAAUCGAUGCGUGCCGUCUCGGUGGUGUGAACGAGGUCAUUGCCGUCUUGCUGAUGGCUGCAAAGUUCAACGUACCCAUCGUUCCCCACAGCGGUGGUGUUGGGCUUCCCGAGUACACUCAGCAUCUCUCGACCAUCGAUUACAUUUGCGUCUCUGCGAAGAAGUCCGUCCUCGAGUACGUUGACCACCUGCACGAGCACUUUCACCACCCAUCCGAGAUUAAGGAUGGAUACUAUGUCACACCAAUGAGCCCUGGGUACAGCGUGGAGAUGAAGCCCGAAAGCAUGGAUAGGUAUUCUUAUCCCGGAAAGGAAAAUGUCAGCUGGUGGAAGAGCGAAGAGGCGAGACCGAUCCUCGAGGGCGAGAAGAUCUAG